AUGGGAGUUCAGAAGACCAUAGUUACUCGUUAUUUGACUCAGUUCAUAAGGUGGUUCGACGGAGCACCUUUCAUUCAAUUUUUUCAGAAUUUCCGUCCACCGACUGCUGUUGAACUUACCGCCGACGUAGUUCCCCAUGUCAACUUCGUCCAGCAUGAUCCUAGAAACCACCCUUUCCAGGCUCAGCUGCUUCGUCAUCUUCGCAUCGGGCGUCUUGAAUUUCGACAGCGAGGCGAGUUCGUAGACCGAGUCAGCUAUCUUCACCGUGCACGAGACGAUCUCGACCAGCAGCGAAGCAACCGUGACAGCCGGCACUAUGUCCAGCAGAUCAGUAUCGGGCCAAAGGCCCGUUUUCAGUUGGGCUUUGAGCCUCUUGGCAGACGCCUUUGCUUUUACAACAUGAAUAUCGGCUGUCAACGAACGAGUCAUCUUCUCGAUCCCGACUGCAAGUUCCCUCAGGGCAUAACUGCACUCGGAGCUCAUUUUCACGCACGUGAGUUUGUGAAGAUCCUCACCAGCCCAAGUAGGACAAAUGAAUAUGCAAAUGAAGAUAGUGGCCAAGCCACCUAUAAGGACUGUGGAAAGCCUCCUGUGGGCCAUGUCAAGAACCUCGUCUUGUCGAUAGCCCGAUACAGAUAUUAG